AUGCCGCGGCGGCGCGGCUGCUUGCCGCCCCUGGUCUGCACUUUAGCCGCCCUCAGCCUGCCGCUGCUGCUGGCCGCCGAGCCCCGCGCCAAAAGUUGCUCCGAAGUGCGGAGGCACUAUGCCGCCAAGGGCUUCAGCCAGAGCGAAGCGCCCAGCUACGAGAUCAGCGGGGACCACUUGAAAGUCUGCUCACAGGGCUACACAUGCUGCUCUCAAGAGAUGGAGGAGAAGUACAGCCAGCAGAGUAAACAUGACUUCAGGAACGCUGUCGUAGAGCUGAGCAAUCACCUACAAACCAUGUUUAGUUCCCGGUAUAAGAAGUUUGAUGAGUUCUUCAAAGAGCUGCUGGAGAACGCGGAGAAGUCCCUGAACGACAUGUUCGUGCGGACCUACGGCCGCCUCUACAUGCAGAACUCAGAGCUCUUCAAGGACCUCUUCGUGGAGCUGAAGAGCUACUACGUGGGGGGCAGCGUCAACCUGGAGGAGAUGCUGAACGAGUUCUGGGCACGCCUGCUGGAGCGCAUGUUCCGCCUGGUCAACCCCCAGUACCACUUCACCGACGAGUACCUGGAGUGCGUCAGCAAGUACACGGAGCAGCUGAAGCCCUUCGGGGACGUCCCGCGCAAGCUGAAGCUCCAAGUGACCAGAGCCUUCGUGGCCGCCCGCACCUUCGCCCAGGGGCUGGCCGUGGCCAGGGACGUCGUCAGCAAAGUGUCCGCGGUGAACCCCACGCCGCAGGGCACGCGAGCGCUGCUGAAGAUGAUGUACUGCCCGCACUGCCGCGGGCUGCUCUCGGUGAAGCCCUGCUACAACUACUGCUUCAAUGUCAUGAGAGGCUGCUUGGCCAACCAGGGGGACUUGGAUGCUGAGUGGAAUAUCUUUAUGGAUUCAAUGCUGCUGGUAGCAGAGAGGCUGGAGGGUCCCUUCAACAUCGAGGCAGUCAUGGACCCUAUUGAUGUGAAGAUUUCAGAUGCAAUCAUGAACAUGCAAGAAAACAGCAUGCAGGUGUCUCAGAAGGUUUUCCAGGGAUGUGGCCAGCCAAAGACUCUUGCCCAGGGCCGCACCGCUCGCUCCGCCUCUGAAAGCUCUUUCACCGCUCGUUUCAGACCCUACAACCCAGAGGAGAGGCCAACCACAGCUGCUGGCACCAGCUUGGACCGACUGGUUACUGAUGUGAAAGAGAAGCUAAAACAAGCCAAAAAAUUCUGGUCAUCUCUCCCUGGCAACAUUUGCAAUGAUGAAAAGAUGUCUGUGGGCAGUGUCAACGAGAACGAGUGCUGGAACGGGAGUGCCAAGAGCAGGUACGACUUUGCAGUGACUGGCAAUGGCUUAGCAAACCAGGUGAACAACCCAGAGGUAGAAGUUGACAUCACCAAGCCAGACAUGGUGAUCCGCCGGCAAAUCAUGGCCCUGCGGGUGAUGACCAACAAGCUGAAGAACGCCUACAGCGGGAACGACGUCGACUUCAUUGACAUAAGUGAGGAGAGCAGCGGGGAGGAGAGCGGCAGCGGCUGCGAGCUGCAGCAGUGCUCCCCGGAGUUCGAGUUCAACGCCACCGAGGUCAGCGGCAGCUCCAGCAAGAGCGACAAAACCGCCAACGCCUCCUCCUCCUCCUCCGCCCCCAGCGGCUCCUUGCCCACCCCAGCCUUGCUCCUCAGCCUUUUCUUCUUGGCCCUGCAGAGACUAUGGAGAUAA